GUCAGUUGGUCCUGCCCGCUGGGCUGGCUUGUGGCUGUAUAAAGCUCCUGCUACUGAUCAAGAUGAUAGCCAGUGAGAAGCCGACUUUUUCCCUGGAAAUGAUCAAAUGCGGGAUUACGAUCGUUGUGGGUAACUGAGAGCUAAGACGCAAUAAGCAUGGAUGUGGUGUCGCCAGAGCUCAACAGCCUCCUUCCUGAUGAAAUCAUGGAUACCGAGGCCAUAGAGGAAAUCCCUCACUCCCAGUCUGAUGGCAGUGCCAGCCAGUCAGAGCCCACAUCUGACUUGUCUGUCCCAAUGGAAACCGAUGCUCCCGUGUCAUCAGAAAGUUUAAGCAUCUGUUCAAAUGCCACCUCACUGGAGCACAUUCAGACUGCGGCCACUCCUGCAGCUGCAGAUUCCACCGUCCUCCCUGGAAGUCAGCCUUCCAUCACAAUUUCCACUUCAUCAACCUUAUUUACCAUCAAACCAGCCAUGGCUACUUCUACAGCUAAGACCAAAACUACAGAAAGCGUCACUGGGACUACAAUUUCCACGACUGGCAUGCAGAAGCUCACAGCUCCGUUUGCCAUUUCUGCAGCCAACCACCAGAUCAUUCUUAAUAAGUUAGCUUCUUCUCAGGCCUCGGAAGCAGCGAAAGCUGCAGGUACUCCAUCCCAAGUCAUCAAACAAGAUGGCCAAAAACUUUUGGUUACAGCAAUUGGGAAAACAGGGCAGCCAAUUGUGCUCCAAUUACCCCACACAGGCAGCAAACCUGGGGUUUCACAGACUUCAGGAGACACAAAGUCUCCAACACCGCAGUUUAAAGUGGUGACUAUAGGUGGGAGAGAACUGAAACCAGUGGUAGGGAGCACUGGAAACCAGGUGACCACAUUACAGGCCCAGCAGCUGAAGACUGUGCAGAUCCCUAAGAAAACGCCGGCAUCCUCAGCUGCUCCCAUCAAGUUUAUCAUUACAAAGACGGUAAACAGCAAAGGUCUGAGUCCGCAGACGUCAGUAACUCCUGUUAUCCCAGGACGCGUCAUGACACAAACCCAGGCGAUGUCGCCAAAAACAAUUACUCUGUCUGAGUCCCACAACACUACGAUACAGAGCUUUCCUGGCAAAAAGAUCGCAAUUUCGCCUCUCAAGAGCCCCAGCAAGGUGACGGUGGUGUCUGUGGCUUCCCCAACUUCAAACCCCAGUCAGAAAUCCGUAGCUCUGCCUGUCAAUGUAGCACUUAGCCAGCAAAUCCUGGCAGUCCAGCAGUCGACGCCUGCUUCUCCAGUCAAGGUGGCCACCAGCCAAUCAACAGCACAGAGCAUUAAACCUGUCCAGUCUGUCGGCGUGGGGGGCGGCUCCCAGUUCAAGACCAUCAUCCCUCUGGCCACCCAGCCGAACGUGCAGCAGAUUCAGGUUCCAGGAAGCAGGUUUCAUUACGUCCGCCUCGUCACUGCGACCACGGCCAGCAGCGGCGGCCAGCCCAGCACCGUUAACACCAGCUCCGUAGCGACAGGUAAACCUUUGGUGGUAAACACAGGAACCGUGAGGAUGUCUGUUCCUGUCGUCCAAGCACAGACGAUGAAACAGGUUGCACCCAAGCCUUUAACAUCAGCACCACAGGUAGUCACAGCCACUCAGAACCAGCAGCGCCUCAUUAUGCCGGCCACUCCUCUCCCUCAGAUCCAACCGAACUUCAACCUGCCGCCAGGCACGGUCCUUGCAUCGGCUACCGGCGGCAGCAAUGUGGGUUACGCAGUCGUUCCAGCACAGUACGUCACCCAGCUCCAGCAGUCGCAGUUUGUGACACUUGCCAGCAGCUCUGGUUUCCAGGCGUCCAGCAGCAUCCAAACUCAGGCCAAACUCCCUUACAACGGACACAUUACUGCCACCAGCUGUGUGUCAGCAACAGAGACGACCUCGAGACCCAGGAAACCGUGCAACUGCACCAAGUCCCAGUGCCUCAAACUAUACUGCGACUGCUUUGCAAACGGAGAGUUUUGUAAUAACUGCAACUGCAACAAUUGCUUCAACAACCUGGAGCAUGAAAUGGACCGACUCAAAGCCAUCAAGACGUGUUUGGACAGAAAUCCGGAGGCCUUUAAACCUAAAAUCGGUAAAGGCAAAGAGGGCGAGUCGGACCGCCGGCACAGCAAAGGCUGCAACUGCAAGCGAUCGGGCUGCCUGAAGAACUACUGCGAGUGCUACGAGGUGAAGAUUAUGUGCUCCUGCUUCUUAAAGCUUCCGUACACGUUCGUAACAAAGGAGGUGCUUGAAGCGACGUGCGAGUGUUUACUGGAGCAGGCCAAGCGGGCGGAUCAGACCCGUCAGCCUCAGGCAGAAGCAGAGAGGAUGAUCCUGGAGGAGUUCGGACACUGCCUCAUGAGCAUCAUCGCCUCUGCUGGGAAAGCUAAAGCGGACUGCGCCUCCAUCAACUGCUAG